AUGAUCUCCAAUAGCCCUAAAUCAAAGAAGAAGACCAACAACCACCAUCGUUUGAGAAGUGGGUCAAGAAAUAAGCUUCUUUAUGCCCCAAAGCCAAAACCCGAACUCAGUUGGAAAUACACCUCGAACGAGUCUUUCAACAUUUACAACAACAAUAAUGUCAACGACAUCAAUGAUCCAGUUUUCCAAUUAUUAAACAACAACGACUUGCCAGUGUCGCCAACGUCGACAAAAUUCGAUCGAGCUUCAAUCAUCAGCCACAAAAAUGACGAACUCCAGCCAAUCAUGAUAAAGGAUUCCUCCAAGUCAAUGAACGGAUUGGUGUUGACGAAAAAAUCAAGCAAUGCGUCGAUCGAGUCUAUGGCACUCAACAAUGACAUUUCGACAUUUGGUAAGCUUGAUAUCAUGGAAGAAGGCCCGCAGUGUUCAAUGAUCAUCACCGCCACUCCAGUUUCGUCCAUAUCAAAGAAAAAUAUCAAACAGAAACGUUCGAGCACCGCCAGUAACUCCCAUAAAAAUAUCGACUCCUCCUUCGCGGGGUGUGGGGUGUUAGAUUCAUCGGCUCACGAUGACCUUAGAAAAAGAUUGAGCUCGUAUAGUACCGAGUCUUCCACCACCAGCCGAAACGGGUCAACUUUUUCCAACAACAACGAUUACUAUUACCGCCGCAACAGCUACACCGCCCCAGGUUCCGAUGAUGCUGGCUAUCACAAGACGAAUACAUCAUCAUCGUCCAAGAAUUCCGAACCUUUUUUUUUUUUAGCUAAGGGAAACAACCAUCUUCCAGCCGGUCCCCCUUCCUCUUCCAGUUCAAAAUACAUCCAUUCGUAUUCGUCAUUCGGUGAAAUAUUGGAGCCAACCCAACAACAACAACAACAACAACAACAACAACAACAACAAUAUGGCUGGCACAAUGUUUCUUCUUUAUCCAAAUCCAUGAACUUUAUUGGUGGGCUCAAUUUCUUUAGAUCACACUCUUUUCCUUCUAACGAUCAGUUCAAAACCACUUCGACCAUGCCGGAAAACUACGUUCCCAAUAAUAGCCGGCUGAUAAUCUCCAAAUUUCCAUCUUAUGAAGAGCCAUGCCUUAAAGAUCCGUUUGCCAUGCUUGAGAACUGUGAAAGUCUUGUUGAAAAAUCUGCGUUCGGGACCAUUGAUGAUUCUGGGAUGGAGGAAGAACAACAACAACAACAACAACAACAAGCCAAAGUCUCUAUCAAUCCAAAAACCAUUAUGAAUAAUAUCCUGGGUAAAGAAGCAUUAGACGGCGAGGACCCCAUUGCUGUUGAUAACCAUCAGCAAGAUGUCCAGUUUGGAAUGGAUUUUAUAAUGGAAGAUCUUUACCAUGACAACUUUUAG